CAAAAAGACAGAAAAUCUAAAAAGUCGACCUGGAAGUUUUGCCUUGACCUGACCCAUCCUGUGGAAGAUGGAAUCUUUGACUCUGGGAAUUUUGAGCAGUUCCUAAAGGAGAAGGUUAAGGUCAAUGGAAAGACUGGAAACUUGGGGAACACUGUUCACAUUGAACGUCUGAAGAACAAGAUCACAGUGACAUCUGAGAAGCAAUUUUCCAAAAGGUACCUCAAAUACCUCACCAAGAAGUACCUCAAGAAGAACAACCUUCGGGAUUGGCUCCGUGUCGUUGCCUCUGACAAGGAGACGUACGAACUGCGCUACUUCCAGAUCAGCCAGGACGAGGAGGGAUCAGAGUCUGAGGAAUAAUGGGAUCUUGGCUUCAUACUCAACACAGAGUACAAAAGACUAGAACACCUAUUUAUAACAACACUUAACUUAUUGGUGAAUAAAGAGUUUUGUACCCUGUUGGACAGAG